GCUGCUUCGGAUAAGGUUCACGUGGCAUUCGCGCAGCUGCCGGUGCCGCGAGAAGAGUGGCAUUCUUUUUCGUCCUAUCUACUGGCUCGGUUGCAUCAAACCACGCCGUAACGCUGUAACCACCCGCGGGAACGACAGGCCGCCGCCACCGGCUUCUGCUAACUCCUCGACUACGCACCGGUGUGCUGUCGAGCUGUCGACGGCCGCUGCAGCGAACUGCGGCUUUUGUCAACCCGUGUUAUGGCUUCGGUUCGCUGUUUCGGAAGAUAACGUUCCCUCUGGUCUACUCCUUUCCACCGUCGCUUUUGUUCCAAGCGAGCAGUCGCAGUUAUCGUGGAAGUAACGCCCCGACGUUCAAUUUCACCGGCAUCAUGAAACGAGUGAGUGAGAAGAUGGCGUCCAACGCCGACGACCGACUUCGCGACGACGACGACUCCGACAGUAUGAAGAAGGACCUGCCCCCGCCGGGCUGGAAGCGUAAUCGGCUGCUGCUCAUCAUGCGUGGUGUAGACGAGGUGAUAUCUACUCACCUGUUUCUGGCGGCCACGGAGUCCUCGCCGCUGGCCAAGUACCGCCAAGUGCUGUCCAUGUUCGAGAUGUCCGCCCACUUCGCCAUCUGGUUCGGCGGCCUCAUCUUCCUCAUGUGGUUCUUCUCCAUUGACGUGGCCCUGAGGACGUUCUUCUUCAACGUAUUCCUCGCUCUCUUCGUCGACGUCGUGCUGGUGGCCGUGCUGAAGGCUGUGGCGCGCCGCCGCCGACCCGGCGUGAGCCGCGAGCAGUACGAACGUGAGCCUCUCUCGUCCAACCUGAGCUUCCCGUCGGGCUUCACCUCACGCGCUUUCCUCGUCACCCUGAUCGUGGUCAAGCACAGCCACUUGUUCCCGCUCUUCAAGCUGCCCUUCCUGGUGUGGUGCAUCGCCGUCGCCAUCUGCAAGCUCCUCAUGGGCAGGCAGUUCCUAGGGGACUCCUUGGCAGGCGCCAUAUUGGGCUACAUCGAGUACCACUGGAUCGUCAACCCCCUGUGGCUAUCUGAGGGGGCCGCCUCCUUCUUCUUCAACACCUUCAACGCCCUCGAAGAGCCCACGUACGACUCGAUGCUGUGAUGAUUGCUGUGUGGUGCA